CCAUCGUAAGUCCCAAAGCCUCGACUCUACUUUUGACGGGCGCGGCCCUGAACAGCAACGCCAUUCACCCACUCUCUCUCCUCACUGAUCGACGCGACGAGGCAGAACCGUCCAGACGCCUUUUAUCUCGGAAAGAUCGGCCGUUGAAAGCAGAUCGCGCGUCAUCUCCAGCAAGCAAGAUGGCUGUUCCCCGACCCCUUAUCCAUAAUUUGGGUGUCUUGAAGGCUUUUAACAGCCUAUCUAUGAAAGAGAAGCAUUAUGCCCACCACAUGGCACGGGCAGCAUGGCAUGGAGCCAGAAUCAUUCUUCGCCAAAUAUCGCCAGAGUCAAUCGAUAUCUUCGACUUUAUCCUCGAGCUUUACCGGAGUUUUUCGGGUGACUGGGAUAUGCUCGUUGCUGAAGGAUAUAUUGGUCAAGAGUGCUGCGAUGCAUUUUUGGACUAUGCAGCGACGUUUCUAUCAAAUAUAGGGAAUUACUAUGGUUCCGGCGAUCAAAAAUUCCUGCCCUCGGUUUCUUCUGCCGCACUGGCGAAGCUAUCGCGCAAAUCCCUCAAGCUUGAAGCUCUCUAUGAACGGUUCUCUAACGCGAUAACAACAGUGCCGCCCUAUGCACUAGGGUUCCCAAGUGACACAAUGCAAAGUGAAUAUUACCCGGGAGACUCGACAAUCGCUCACAACGAAGUUGCAGCGAUCUCUCGUUUGUUAGAAGAAUAUUCAAUUUUCCCUGAGAACACUCGAAUCCAAAAGCUGUUGAGCCCCCAGGCAAAUACAUUCCAGGUCCUACAAGCAUCUAUUGAGCAAGAUGCCGAACCCGCUGUACUCGAGCUACCUACCCUCUGCGCUACCGUACAAAUCAAACGUGGUGAUCACUCCGAGGAGCUGGCAAAGAUCUGCGCUUCGUUACGCGAAGCGAAGCAAUACGCAGCCAACGAGAAACAGGAACUUUUCUUAUCUCAAUACAUUGAAAGCUUCAGAACAGGUGAUUUGGAAGUAUAUCGUGAUUCGCAACGCACUUGGAUUACCGACAGGAGCCCUCGCGUUGAAAGUAUAUUCGGGUUUGUGGAGCCGUAUAGAGAUCCGCAUGGCAUUCGCGCAGAGUUUGAAGGUUUAGUAGCAAUUACAGAUCGUGAAGAGACAAACACUUUAAUUAAGCUUGUCGAGAAUUCGAGUACCUUCAUCAGGAGACUUCCUUGGGCUGGAGGCGAUGAGAAUGAUGGUAAAGGACCGUUCGAAAAAGCUCUUUUCGACCCGCCGGAUUUCACGAGUAUUUACUCUCUCGCAUAUUGCUCGAGCAUUAUCUUUCCAGGAAUAAACUUGCCGAACUAUAAUGAUAUCCGCGACGAUUGCGGCUUCAAGAACGUCAUAAUAGCAAAUCGCAUGAGCGCGGAGAGCAACAGAGCAUAUCAAAGCCCCUUCAUCGACCCCACCGAACUCGACUCAUUCCAGAGAGCAAAGUAUCCCGCCUAUUACUGGUGGGUAGUUCUUCACGAACUCCUCGGCCAUGGCACCGGGAAAAUGAUGGCCGAGGAGUCGGAAGGUAAGUUUAACUUCGACAUCCACAAUCCGCCGAUAGAUCCCAUAUCUGGCAAGCCAAUUACUACUUGGUAUAAACCGGGACAGACUUGGACGGGGCAAUUCGGCGAUUUGGCUACGACUGUGGAUGAGUGUAGGGCGGAGCUUGUGGGCGCUUAUCUUAUGGAUGAUGUCGAGUUACUUGGGUUGUUUGCGUAUGAUGAGAAUUCUGAGAUUACGGCCGCGGACUUAACAUAUAAUCUAUACAUGCAGCUAGGAACAGAUGGACUCCGAGGACUGGCGAAUUUCAACAUUAAGAAUGGGAAAUGGGGUCAGGCUCACAGCCGAGCUCACUUCGCUAUUCUGAAAUGCCUUCUCUCCGAUAGCAAUAGUUGCGUCACCGUAGACUAUGACGCGCCAAGCAAAAACCUCAGGAUACAUGUUGAUCGGUCCAAGAUUGUGUCGCAAGGCAAGCCCGCGCUUGGUCGCAUGUUGCUACGCUUGCACAUAUACCGCUGCACCGCGGAUGUCCAAUCAUGCCGCGACUACUAUGAAGAGCUCACACGGGUGAACGCCGACAACCUGGUGUGGCGAGAGGUUGUCCUGGCGAAGCAGGAGCCGAAAUGGGUAUUUGUCCAGGCGAAUACUUUUCUUGGUGGCCGCGAAGUCGUUUUGAAGGAGUAUCCAGCGACGGCUAAAGGCGUGAUUGAAAGCUGGGCUGAGCGAAACGUUUGAGCGACAUUCAGGAUUGCAUAACCUGGAGGAUGACUUGCAUAAAAGCAAGGAUGAUGCCGAUCCCACCAAGGGUCAUUAAAUCC